AUGUCUGCUGGGUUACGUUUGUUCAAUGGCCGAAAGGAAAAAUAUCCUCAUAAGCCGAAUGGGAUUUGUGGACUUUUUUCCGCUGUCGCUGCACAAAUGGCAUGGAGACAUGCCAAUAUUGGCUGUAUCCUCGGUGAAAAGCAGAGCAAAAACGAGUCAGGCCUGGCAACUGCUAACAACCUGACUGUUGCCCCAGAAGCGAUGGACUGUUGGCAUGAUUGGCCAGAUGCCCAAGGACAAAUGUCAUUUGCAUCUCUCGCCCGAAUCUCUCUGGAUCCCGUUUCGUGUCGGACGAGUCGGUUGGGCAUCAAAGUCGGCUCAUCUCCCACAGAUGCUGGAAUGGUAAAACCCGGUGCCACUGUGUAG